AUGACACUCUCCGUCGUCCCAGUAUUUGUCUGCGUAGCGUCAUGGUUACGGCCCUUGCUUUCCCCAAGCCAGGGUCUCGGUGGUCUCACGAUCAUUGAACAACCGGAUCCUGAGAAGCGACAAAUUGCGCAAAACAUUGGCCGAUACUACCUGAUAAGGGAUCAAACAUCGCUUUUUGUCCAGAUAGCAUUGGAGGAGAACGGCAAUGUUGGCUCAGAUCAGAUGAAGACACCACGCGGCAUCUUGGACUACAAGCUAGCCGGCUACGACGACAAGGCAAUGUCCUGGAAAUUGACUGGCAACCUGGGUGGCGAGAACUACGUGAACCGCAGCCGAGGACCGCUGAACGAGAGAUCAAUGUACGCCGAGCACCAGGGCUGA